AUGGGACCAUCGACGAUCAGAGAGCCAUGCCUCGACCUCGUCGAUCCGCGCAUCCUGACAGGUUCGUGGCGGCACAAGACGGUGUGGACCUUCUGGGACUGCCUUGCGCCGUUUGGCGCGCGCGACAACGACCUGCUUAUCCUCAGCAACGACGGAAUGGCGUUUCCGUGCGCCGACUUUAACCCGUACAUGCACUCCGAGGUGCUCCAGCGGUCCACGCAGAACCCGCGUCCCGAAGUGACUCGGAUCCUGCAGCACAGCCGCGAGGAAAACGAGCUCAUCUUUGGCUUCCAGCCGCAGCCGGCUCUGACGGUUGACGAGGACUGGCGAGCCACGAACCUGCUUCUCCUUCUCGUCCAUCCGAUCCCGGCCCUGUUCCUGCCUGAUCGGGCCACGGCGUCCCUGGCGCUCCGGCUCGGCUUCGACUACCAAGUAUCGACGGCGAUCCAAACCGCGCUCCGGCGCCUGCGCGAACUCGACGAGAUCGAGCGAUCCGAGGCAGUCCGGCCGCCAGCGCCCUGA